AAGCUAUCUGAACAGGGGUUGGCUAAGAGCAAAGGUCCUGGUGGAAGGGGAGGGCUAGGCUGGGCUGGUGGAGCCCGCCAGAGCGUGGGGAGCACCCGAGUUGGGCCAGAGGAACAUCGUGUGCAGCAGCAAGGAACCUGUCGAGGAACAUGACACUGCUCCGAGGGCUCCUGGUGCUCAGCUUGUCUUGCCUGCAAGGCCCCUGCUCCGUGUUCUCUCCUGUGAGCGCCAUGGAGCCCUUGGACCAGCAAGUAAUGGGCGAUGAGGUGCAUUCAAUUAUCGGGCAGGCCCAGGAGAAGCUGUCCCCGCUUGCCCUCCUCAAGUUGGGCAACCAGGAGCCUGGUGGCCUAACUGCCCUGAAGAGGUCCCCAGGAGACUGCAAAGGUGCCCCAACUCCAGAGGAGACUCGCAGGCUGGCUCAGGCCAUAAUGUCUUUCACCGCUGACUUGUUCUCCCUGGUGGCUCAAAGUUCCACCAGCCCCAACCUCAUCCUGUCGCCCUUGAGUGUGGCCCUGGCUCUGUCUCACCUGGCACUAGGUGCUCAGAAUCAAACACUGCAGAGCUUACAACAGGUACUGCAUGCAGACUCAGGAUCCUGUCUCCCCCAUCUGCUGAGCCACCUCUGUCAGAACUUGGGCCCUGGGACCUUUCGAUUGGCUGCCAGAAUGUACCUGCAGAAAGGAUUUCCCAUCAAAGAGCAUUUCCUGGAGCAAUCAGAACAGCUCUUCCGUGCAAAGCCCAUGAACCUGGUGGGAAGGCAGGAGGAUGACCUGGCGAACAUCAACCAAUGGGUGAAGGAGGCCACAGAGGGAAAGAUUGAGAAUUUCCUCUCAGAGCUCCCAGAUAAUACCGUAUUGCUUCUCCUCAAUGCCAUCCACUUUCAGGGUUUUUGGAGGACCAAGUUUGACCCAAGCCUCACCCAGAGAGACUCCUUCCACUUGGACGAACAGUUUACAGUGCCAGUGGACAUGAUGCAAGCCCAUUCCUACCCCCUGCGCUGGUUCUUGCUGGAGCAGCCUGAGAUACAGGUGGCUCAUUUCCCUUUUAAGAACAACAUGAGCUUUGUGGUGAUGGUGCCUACCCACUUUGAGUGGAAUGUGUCCCAGAUACUGGCCAACCUGAGCUGGGACACUCUGCACCAGCCCUUGCUGCGGGAGAGGCCCACCAAGGUGCGGCUGCCUAAACUGCAUCUGAAACACCACCUGGACUUGGUGACCACACUCAGCCAGCUGGGCCUGCAGGAGCUGUUCCAGUCCCCAGACCUGCGUGGGAUCUCAGAUGAGAGGCUAGUGGUAUCCAGUGUGCAGCAUCAGUCCACGCUGGAGCUCAGUGAGGCUGGUGUGGAGGCAGCUGCAGCCACCAGCACGGCCAUGUCCCGCAUGUCCCUCUCCUCCUUCAGCGUGAACCGCCCCUUCCUCUUCUUCAUCCUCGAGGACACCACAGGCCUGCCCCUCUUUGUGGGCAGUGUGAGGAACCCCAACCCUGGUGCACAGCCUGAGCUCCAGGAGCAGCAGGAUUCCCCUGACAACAGGGACUCCUUCCAGGACCAGAAAGCCUUCCUCCACAGAGAUAAGCCCUUUGGCCCUGACUUGAAACUCAUGCCACCCUCUGAGGAGGAUUACUCUGAGUUUAACAGCCCCAAGUGAGGGCCCUGGUCACCAGCAUUCUGAGUCCCCACCCAGACCAGCUCUCAACUUGUGUGACUCUUUCCAACCAGCUUUGUGGGAUGGGGGGGGGGCGGACUGGGUGGGCCUUCUGGGAAAGGGGAGGAGCCAUUCUCUCCCAGCUCUUCCUGGGGAGUCUGGGGAAUGGGCUGGGGCUGGAAGCCGGCAGGCAUUAGGGACUGUUGGGGUUGGAUCCCUCUUCAUUUCUUCCAAAGAGGCUCAGAGGAUGUCCAUUUGGGAGCUGGGGUGGUAGGACAGUGGUGGAUCCAGUUUUGUCAGGAAGCAAACUAGGUUAGUCCCUAAAUCAGCCGGGACACUGGAGGGAGGGCUGUCUUUGGCCUUAUCCCUGAACUCCCUGGCUGGGGAGAAAGAGAGGCCCUGGUGGUGGCUCAGAAGGCGGAGCAUUGCCUUGGGUCCCGCCUCUGCCUCUCAUGGGACCUUGUAUCCUUCUCCAUAGGUCAAGGUUGACAUUACCUCUGAUGUAACCUGCUAAAGGCCUACCAGCCUCCAGCCCAUCCCAGAUGUCCUGCCCGCCCCCGGUCUCCUGUCCAUACACCCUCAUCCUUAGAGAUGCCAACACUGCCAGGAUUCCCCUUCCUUCCUCUCUCCUGUCUUCUUCCUCUGCCGGGAGCUCAGGGGCUGAGGCAGGGAAGGGUCUCAUUAGCUCUCUCAGGCUCUUUUGUAAAGUUUUUGUAGUGAUUUUUAUGCCACCUGAAUAAAGAAUGAAUGGGC